AUGGGGAAUUCUUAUCAGAAUUUUAAAGGGCGAUUGAGCAGUAUUAAUGAAUAUACCCAAUCUAAAGAAUUUACCAAAUAUUCAGGUAAAAUUUUAUUUUUUCAUGUCAAAGCCAAGAAAAUAAAUGAGUACGUACCUGUCUUUUGAAAGUUAAAAGGCUUCAUUCGCAUUUCUGUUUAUGAAAUAGGUGAAGAAUCAGAUCCUCGUAGGUCGCUUAAAAAGAAAUUGUCAAUUAGCAAUACUAAUAGGAUUUAUGAACUGUUAAUGCAUAUGAAGUUUGCUUCAUCAUUAAGCCCAACCACAAUGCUGAAUGAAAAUGAAUGCUCUAUUUGUUUAGAAAGACUAGCUGACACAAUUUUGCCAUGCCAUCAUUCUUUUUGUCAUAGGGAUAUUCAUGAAUGAGAAAAACGUCAAAAUACCUGCCCAAUAUGCAGAAGACCAAUUAAUCUAACUCCCCCUCCUCCGUGAGUGAACAAAACGAUUAGAAAAAUCGCUAUUUUUUUGCCAAAAAACCCACCCUCUGUGAGUGAACAAAAAUUUUUUAAUAGAAAAAUUUUUUAUGGAAAAAAAAUUGAUAUAUAAGUGAAAUUAGUAUAAUGAAAUCUAGAGCUAAUUCUGUUUAAUUUUAAACGAAUUGCUUUUUAAAACAUAAAUUUUAUAAAUUAAAUUAAUAUUUGCUUUCCAAUUUUCGCGAAUUAGGAUUUUUUUAAAUUUCGAAAAAAAAUAUUUUUUAUAAAAUUUAAAUAUAAAUUUUUUAAAAAAAAAAAAUUAACCCUCCGUGAGUGAACAAAAUUUUUUUGUUCACUCACGGAGGGGGGGAGUAAACAAUUCAUUCACAGAUCUCGCUGAGAGCUUUGAAGAUAUUCAAAAUGAAAUUGAUAAUUGCCUGUCUGAAAUUAUAUCUUUAAUUAACUAA